AUGAAACCCAUUCCCUCCAGAAUUCCCCUCUCCGUGUUCAUCGACGGUCCCAUCGUCGGAAAACCCUCACCUUUUUCACACCCUUCGUUCUCUCCAUCAGAAUCUACAUCUAUGAUGACCCCAUCAACAUCCUCUCUACCACCCUUUCUCUCAUCUUUGAUUGCUACGCCACCAGACCCGCCACGAGCUAUUUCGGAAACGGUCUUCCGAGACGUAUGCGCCGAGAUGGGUGAGGAGGUGUAUUAUGUGGAUGUUGAUGAGGGAAGUUUCAUGUGGCAUGACGAGAGAUACGGGUUGGAUGAUAUAUUGGAGUUUUGGGUGAGGAAGUUGGAAGGGAUCGAGGCGAAGUGUGUUAGUACAGGGAAGGCGAGACGGGGUUUGGAGAGGACAAUAUGGGAAUAUUGGAUCUUCGACGUGCAAAAAUUGCUUGACAUUUGGCCUUUGCUCAAAUCGUCCCCCAUCCUCACCCAAUUCUCCUCUUCCCCACUCGUCCUCCUAGGCCUCGAAGCAAACAAGCGUCUCCUCGGGCUCCUUCCAUCCCCUGCCUACGCCCAUCUUUCGCCACCUUUCUCACUCUCUACCCUCUUUUCUCCAUCGGACCCUUCCUCGGACCCUCCUGAACACUCCAGCCUAUUCACUUCGGCGAAGAGUAGCGACGACGUAUUCGCCGCCGAUUCAUCCGCCAUGCAACAGCUGAAAGACGCCCAAUACGAUAUCAUCGAAGGUCUCCUAGUGUUGCACGUCCGUAGGGGAGACUACGAGACUCAUUGUCCCCUCCUCGCAUCUAAGGGCGCCGAUUGGCAGGGCAUGGUACAACUGGCGACGCGCGGGAUGGAGGACGACUUGAACAUGAAGUCCAUGGUACUCCAUCGACCACCAGCAGGCUUGGAGACGGGCGGGGAGGAUUGGAAAGCAACGUUCCAGAGAAGAUGUUUUCCCUCGAUCGAGAGCAUGGUCCUCCGCGUUCGCCAGAUCCGUCUCGAAUUCCCUCAUUUGGACAAACUAUAUAUCAUGACCAACGCCAAAUCCGACUUCCUCUCCUCCCUCACCUCCGCGCUCCUCGUUUCAUCCUCAUCGCACGUCGAUCCUCUCUCCGGUCAACUCUUAGGACCCUGGAAAAGUAUCCAUCACAGUCGCGAUCUGGUGCUGGAUGAUGAGCAGAGUUUCGUGGCGCAGGCGGUGGAUAUGGCCAUUGGCGUCAAGGCGGAUGUGUUGCUGGGGAAUGGGUGGAGUAGUUUGACGAGUCAUGUGGUGAUGAUGAGGAUGAGUAGGGAUGUGGAAGCGAGGAGAUCGAGGAUGUGGUAG